UCUCCGCGAGGUAUCUGACUCCGCAGCUUGCCCGCACCGCACUUGGCCGGAGACACAAGAAGAUCAGGUGACACUGUCACGUCUGCACGCAAAUAAGAACCCUUUGUGCGAGCCAUUCGACUCCACUGUCCCGGCAGGCAAUUUUUGACGAUAAGUUACGACAAGGCUCAUCGGCCUGGCUCACUCGGGGCUAAACAGGGUUGAGCGGGUUUGCCAGCAGCAAAAAGGACCUCUGUGUACCGGAUAGCGCUUAUUGAUUGGAUGAAUCGAGUACGGGGUUGGGACGCAACGGCUCGCGUGUCACCUCUGUACGCACUAUGAAUGGCGAAACGGACAUGCCCUCAGAUGGGGAAGGCGAGUCAUCUGCAGCUGCGACAAAGCAAGGCCAAAUCCAAGGUCAAAAUGGGCGCAUCCUCACGUUGACUUCAGAGUCGAGCACGGUCGCUGCCGACGGAGCCGUCGCCAACGACAUGGUUCAGCAAGCUGCUGCGGCUUAUGCUCGGCUGCUUAAAGAGAGCAAGAACCCAUUGCCUUUAUCCGACUUUGUUAGUGCUUUCAUGAGCGGUGCGCACACUUCUUCCCAAGAGCUGCUCCAGCAACCGCAGCAACGAUCUGCGGAACUCGUUGAGGCAAGACGAGAUGCCCACGCAGCCAUGCAAGACAUGGUCACAUCAACUCAGGCGUUCUACCAAAGCUCUUCGUCCAGCUUAUCGACCGUCGCUCCUCGCUAUGACUCUUCUCAGCAAUCGGAUCGUGAUCACUCUGUCCCAGACAUGUUCCAGGACCUGAGCAUGUCCUCUCAGAGCGGCUCUUUGGCCAACAGUCUGUUCAACGAAAGCUCACGUGAUGACUUGUCAUGGGCCGAUGAUCUGUCCAACUCGCUCAUCUUCGGCGACAGCUCCACCUCGACAACGAGCGUGGGUACACCAGGUAGCGCAGCCACCUCUUGGUCCCGCUCGCAUUCCAAGCACGCCUCGUUCUCCAGCGUACAUAGUGGUGGCCUCAACAUGGGGUCCGAGCGACGAAAGGUGGAAAGCAUCGCUGCGUUCGCUGUGCGCGGCUCUCCCACCAAGCCUUUGCAUGGGCAGCAGAACAUGAUCAUGCCUGCUGCGGCCCAACCCCGUGCUUCACCGCAGAAAAGUGGCACGCUUUCCUCGCCCCAUCAUGGCCAGUCGUGGGCAGGGCAGUCAGACUUAAUGCCUGGGCAACAUGCUGAGCAACAGGACAUCCUGAUGCCCCUCCGCCGUUCCAAGAGACAGCACUUUCAAGGAGGUAGAACAGCGUCUCCACCGACUGCCCUCGUACUCGACCCGACCGGUGCACAACACCAUGACACUGAGUCGAGCUUGAUAGCGCGCUCACAGGUCGGGGCCUCAACAUCGACACUAGAAUCUUGUGCAACCGAUUCUCUGCCAUACCCCCGGACAUCGUUCGGCCCUGACUCGGCCGAUGCCUCGUUCGACUGGUCACUUCGUUCACCGACAAAAAGAGAUGCUGCAGUGUUCGAUGAUUCGAUGAGCCCUGCCGUGUCUACGUCGAUAUCCGAACCGCUGCGCUCUCGCUCUUCUACGCUGGCUUCAGUUGCUUCGACCAGCACGCACUCCGUUCCCGGCACCCACUCGCGCGCGACUUCGCUGCAGCGCAUGGCUACUAGUUCUACCCCUUCCCCAACAGCUGCUGGCGCUUCUGCUGGCAAAACAGGGUUGGUCCGCAGGCGCGCCGAGUUUGGCGAUGCCACCUACGAGACUCGCUUAGACGAGAGCAAGCAGAAGCGUAUGAGGUCCGAGCAGAAGCGGCAGGCGGACCUGACUGUGUCAUUCCAGAAGCUCAAAGCCUGCCUGGGUGGUCGGCUAGACGGGCGCAUGAUCAAGGUGCAGGUGUUGGAAUGCGCUUGCGCACGGAUUCAAGAACUGGAGAAGGAGAACAUUGGUCUCCAUGGAGAUCGAAGAUCGCUCAUGGACGAGAACGCACGCCUUAAGCAUGAGCUGCAAGCGCUGGCGCAGCAGUUACAGGCCACGAACGUUGCGACACUCGAUCGUCUCUUAUUGCAAGAGCAAGGCCAAAGGCAAGAACAGGCGCCGUUGUCGAUGCCUUUUGCAGCGAGCAGCAACAUGGCCUAGCAUCACCAUGAACCGCGAG